AUGGCGCAGGUCACCGGCGGCAGCAAGGGGAUCGGGCACGCGGUCGUCGAAGAGCUUCAGGAGUCCCAUCGCCUGUGGGCGGAGAAGGGGCUCGACGUCACCGUCACCGUCUCCGUCUGUGAUGUCUCCGUGCCGUCCGACCGGGAGAAGCUCAUGGACACGGUCAAGGCGACCUUCGAUGGCAAGCUCGACAUCCUGAUGAAUAACGCGGGGCAGGUGUUCUUCAAGGCGGCGGCGGAGUGCACGGCGGAGGACUACUCGCAUGUGAUGGCGACCAACUUGGAGUCAAGCUUCCAUCUCUGA